AUGGCUUCCGAGGCGCCCACCACCGUGCCCGAGCGCACCAAGGAACCCAAGCCGAAGAAGGAGCCCAAGCAGAAGAAGGACAAGCCUGCGCAGAAGCCUGCACAGCAGAAGAAGAAGGUCGAGGGUGCUGCCCUCAUUGGCAUCGAUGUGGCCAAGGAGGACGACCUGGGCGAAUGGUACCAGCAGGUCUUGACCAAGGGUGGCAUGCUCGCCUACUACGAUGUCGCCGGCUGCUACAUUCUCAAGCCUUCUUCCUACGCGAUCUGGGAGUCUAUCCAGGGCUGGUUCAACGAUCGCAUCAAGAAGAUGGGCGUCAAGAACUGCUACUUCCCCAUUUUCAUUUCUGCCGAUAACCUGCAGCGCGAGAAGGAGCACGUCGAGGGUUUCGCCGCCGAGGUCGCCUGGGUCACCAAGGGAGGCAAGAGUGAUCUGGAGAAGCCCGUCGCCGUCCGCCCCACCUCCGAGACCGCCAUGUACCCCUACUUCGCCAACGAGAUCCGCAGUCACCGUGAUCUCCCUCUGAAGCUGAACCAGUGGAACAACGUCGUGCGCUGGGAGUUCAAGCACCCCAUGCCUUUCAUCCGUUCGCGUGAGUUCUUGUGGCAGGAGGGUCACACUGCCCACUUGACCAAGGAGGAGGCCGGUGUGGAAGUUCGCCAGAUUCUGGACUACUACGCGGGUGUCUACCAGGACCUGCUGGCAUGCCCCGUUGUUCAGGGUGUCAAGACAGAGAACGAGAAGUUCCCCGGCGCCGAGUACACUACCACCAUUGAGGGCUACAUUCCGGCCACCGGCAGAGGCAUCCAGGCCGCCACAUCUCACUGCCUGGGCCAGCACUUCUCCAAGAUGUUCGAUAUCACCGUCGAGGAUCCCAGCCCUGUGAAGGAGGGUGAGGGCAAGAAGCCCCCGAUCCACGUCUGGCAGAACUCUUGGGGUCUGACCACGCGUUCCAUCGGUGUCAUGGUUCUGACUCACUCGGACAACAAGGGUCUGGUCAUCCCUCCCCGUGUUGCCGACAUCCAGGUCGUUCUCAUCCCCGUUGGCAUCACGGCAAAGACGUCUCCCGAGGACAGGGAGGCCCUAUACAGUGAAACCCAGGCCAUUGCGGAGGUCCUUCGUGCGGUCAACGUCCGCGUCGAGACGGACAUGCGCGAGGGAUACUCUCCCGGCUGGAAGUUCAACGACUGGGAGCUCAAGGGUGUUCCCCUCCGCCUUGAGUUCGGCCCCAAGGACCGUGAAAAGCACUCUGUCACAUACUCGCGCCGCGACCGGGAGGCCAAGGGCCAGAUCCUCAUCUCGGAGCUCGACAACGCCAUCCCGGCCCUCCUCGAGACCAUCCAGACGGACAUGUUCCAGAAGGCCAAGGGAGAGUUCGACGCGGCCCGCAAGCAAAUCACUAGCUGGGACGACUUCGUGCCCACGCUCGACAACAAGGGCGUCUGCCUCAUCCCUCACUGUCUUGGCGGCCCCUGCGAGGACGAGAUCAAGGAUCUCUCGGCUCGCAAGAACGAGAGUGAAGGUCUGGCUCAGGAUGCACGUGCUCCCUCGAUGGGCGCCAAGUCGCUCUGCAUUCCCUACGAGCAGCCCACCGAGGGCCUCGUCAAGGGUGAGACCAAGUGUCUCAACCCCAACUGCCAAGAGAAGGCUAAGGAGUGGGUCAUGUUCGGCCGCAGCUACUAA